UGAUGAGUCAAUGCAGUGCUGUGUAUGUGAGUUCGCAGCAUUCGACACUCGAAGCAUCAAGUUUCAGAGCAUCCACUGAAACAUCCAUCGUCUUUGUCGUAGUCAGUCGCAUCGAUGCACGAUGAAACCCCAUGCACGCCACGCACACAAGACGAUUUACCAAUAAGUCACGCACAGGUGUGUGUUGUGCUCUAGCUGCAGCUGUGUGGCGGCGUCGGUUCUGUCUGUCGACAUCAAAACCGCCAUCAGCCGCCAUCCUCCGCCGGGCCAUUGACAGAGACAAAAUACACACACCCAGCAGCACAUACCCAUGAGCACCGUCAAAGACUAAACUCGACAAAAGGUUCAUCUCAUCGACCAACCCAGACACUUAGUUAGUAGUUGAGGCAUGCCGUCUCUCUCCCUCUCUCUCUCUCUCUCUUCCAUGCCAUCCAUCCAUCCGACAAUCACAUGCAGCACAAGCAAGCAGCUAUGCACACAAGCUUGACAAACAAAACCGAGCCAGCAAUACGCUGACUGGGCGUAUUCAGAACCACCCCCUGCGGCCGCUGAAGCGUGAUCCCCAGCCGGUGCGACCGAUGUGCCGGCUGCUGGGACGGCUGAAGAUGCCGCCACUGAACCGGGACCGACUCCUGCUGCCCACACGGACUGCCAGCACACACCAACCAAACCACCGGCCAAGAGAAAGACAGUCGCGCGUUAGGACAGUGCAUGUGUUGGUGUCGGUGGCUGCUGCUUACAUCCUCCCCCGCCCAUCACGAGGCCCAGGCGGCGCCUGCUUUCGUCGUCAUCGGCAUCUCCGGCCUCCUCAUAUUCGAAUUCGCCACUGUCGAUGACUGCGCCCUUCUCGUCGACCAACGAAAACUCGCCUGAGUGAACGGAUGCCAGAGAGGAAGUGCGUGUCGGUCUGAGUGUAUCUGUGGCUGGUGUGUGUUCGCUCACCAGGCUUUGUGAUGAGUGUGUGUCCGAGUGAGAGGUGGAGCUCAGUCGUGUUGGUCGUCAGAUCACGGAAGACGCCCUCAAUGUUGUAGACACGCUCAGGGGCCCUGUCACCCAGCUGACAGCAAAAGGGAGAGGGACACGGAGAAAAAGGGAUACCCAUCCGCCACUCAGUGUGGUGUGUGCCUUCCAUGCCCACGUUGAUGUGGAGGGACUCCAUCUUUUGGAUCUCGUCGAGCGGGAGGAAGGCGAGGCCCUCCAAAGGCACACUGUCGAGUGCCUCGCUGAACCUCAAAGGCAUGCUGUCCUUGCGGCUGACCAGCUGCUCGUCGUCGGACACCGUGAUCUCCUUCGACACUGACAGACACACACGGCACACACACACACAGAUGGACGCCACAUCCCUCCCACUUGCUGUCUGUGGCUGCGUACGCUGGAUGGCGGCCAGCAUGAGGCCGAACACACACGCGGCGGUCAGGACGAUGGCGCCCACGACGGCCAGCACUUUGAGUGCGGUGAUGCGCUUGGGCUUCUCGGUGGCCAACGACACCUGGGGGGCCUCCAAAUCACAAACCUGCACACACCAGCAGCACACAGACAGACAGACAGAUAGGCAGACACACAGGAGGUAGGGAUGGUGGCGGUGGGCAUCAGGUUGGGUGAGAGAGCCAUGUGUCAGUGGUCACCUUGCUGCCGAUGGGCUGCUGGGCGGCGGAGUGGGCCAUGGCGACAAACAAACGAGAUGGCUGACGAGGGGAGGGACCGACAGCGACUUCGGGCAGAAGAGUGCUUGGCUGGGAUUGAAGGCAGAAGUUGGUUUGAAC